AUUGAAAUAGAUAUACAUAUAUAUAUUUUUCAUGUCCUCAAAAAUUAUUCAUUAUAUAGGUUGCAUUUGGUGUUGGUGAUAUUUAAUGACGGUUUAGCCAUAUCCUUGUUUUCAAGUUGGCUUCACUUGAUUAUCUUAACAUAGUGCAGAUAUGUGUAGUUGAUAUCCAUUUGUUGCACCAAAACAUGUCGUAUAAAAACUUGUGUUCUUAUUUGCUUUCAUUCCUUUGUGUAUUGAACACCUUUUACAAUAAGAUUACAAUAAAAGAUUGUUUUCAGUAAAAUGACAACAUGCAACGAUGUAGUUAUUGUUGAUGCAUAUCGCACACCAGUUGGAAAGUUUAAUGGUUGUUUCGCACCCUUAAAAGCUCAUGACCUGGGUGCAGAAGUCAUUCGAAAACUACUUGACACAUGUGCUGUGAAAGCAGAUGAUGUAUCGGAAGUUAUUUUAGGACAGGCCCUCACUGCUGGUCAGGGGCAAAAUCCAGCUCGACAAGCGUCCGUUAAAGCUGGCUUACCAUACUCUGUUCCGGCUUACUCAGUUGGUUUUCUCUGCGGUUCUGGACUUAAAGCAGUUGUUAAUGGUUACCAAACGCUAAAAUGUGGGGAUGCACGUGUUGUGAUUGCCGGUGGACAAGAAAGUAUGUCCAAUGCACCACACUGCGUCCACAUGAGAGAUGGCAUGCGUUUUGGUAACGUUAACCUGGUGGACAGUAUGUUAACAGAUGGCUUAGUGGAUGUUUUCUACAACUAUCACAUGGGAAUUACCGCUGAGAACGUUGCAAGACAAUGGAAUAUAUCAAGAGAAGAACAAGAUACAUUCUCUGCUGACAGUCAAAGAAAAGUUGCUGAAGCACAAAAAAACGGAUUUUAUGCUAAUGAAAUUGCGGCUGUUACUAUAACUAAACGAAAAGAGACAACUACUUUUUCCACCGAUGAAUUCCCUACGCCUAACACUUCGACUCAAGUGCUGUCGAAACUGAGACUAGCUUUCGUAAAAGACGGUACAGGCAGCGUAACAGCUGGAAACGCCUCUGGUGUAAAUGACGGAGCGGCAGCAUGUCUACUUACAACAGUUGAAGAAGCGAGAAAGUUAUCGUUAAAAAAAUCCCUCGCUAGAAUAGUAUCUUGGGCUCAAGUAGGUAUUGAUCCGUCAAUAAUGGGGACUGCUCCGAUCGAAGCCGUGAGAAAAGCUGUCGCAAAGGCCGGGUGGCAACUUGAAAAUGUGGAUUUAUUCGAGUUAAAUGAAGCGUUUGCGGCUCAGUCCAUUGCAGUUAUUAAAGAGUUAAAAAUUCCUAUAGAAAAAGUAAAUGUGAAUGGAGGCUCAAUAGGCAUUGGCCACCCCAUCGGCGCCUCUGGUUGUCGCAUUCUAGUCACCUUACUUCACGCUAUGAAAAGAUUAAGUAAAAGAAAAGGUGUGGCUGCUCUUUGUAUUGGCGGCGGGAUGGGAAUUGCGAUGUGUGUGGAACAAUGCGACUAGAAUGUAAACAUUAUUUGAACGUUGUAACCUAAUUUCAACAUUUGGAAUUAGAAUAUUAAUUUUAAAAAAUCGUAUACAUACAUUUACAAACAAUCAACCACGGAAUUUAUUUUACGAUUAUUUAUUAACAGCAGGUGGAUUUGGGAUA